UGCUUGAAGUGCCUCACCUCAAAAAUAAUCAAAUGUAACUCUAUUGACAAAUACUGCGAAUGAAGUCAAAAACAAAAAAGCUAUCCAAAUAGCCUAGACUUCACAAUACAAAUUGACUAGAAACAUAACAAAGGGACCGGUCCGGUAUGACCCUCCCCUCCCGGUUGGCGCAAUGAACCGCACGCUCUCUCUCAUCCCUUCCCGUCAUGCAGCGCUCUUGCCUGCUCCUCCGUCGAGCCGCCAUGUUGUCGGAGUGAAAGCCUGGGGUGUCAGAGAGAAACUGGGGCCGAAAUCCGCGUCCAUCCUCCCUCUCCGCCGGUGAGUAUCACCUCCUGCCCGGUCGCGGCAGCAGGGGACGUUGCUUAUCCACGCAGCGGUGCGGGUAUUGUGGCCAUGGCGGGUCUAAGAGGGGGCUAAACGGGAGGAUUUGGCGCGGCAGUAGCGGCUGCCUCCCUUUCUGCUGCCUGCCUCCUUCCUCCCGUUGUGUCGGUCUUCCGCUCCAGACAGCUCUCGGGCCUUUGUUAGCAUCCGCGUCACGGGGACCUGUGGGGCUGCGGACCGGGCAGACAGGCUGUGGUGGAAUGAGCAGUGUGUGUGUGUUGAAGAGGAAAGCAGUGCUCUGGCAGGAUUCAUUCAGCCCCCACCAUAGAACUACAUCUCCCAGCAUGCCCGUGGUGCUGAGCAGCGGAGGACAUGCCCCUCCAACUGGGCAGACCCCUCAGGCCAUACCCCAGAGCCAGCAGGGUGUGGCGGGUGCUGGACGUUCCCAGGAUGAUGCCAUGGUGGACUAUUUCUUCCAGCGGCAGCAUGGUGAACAGCCCGGGAAACAUCGCUGGCCCACUGGAGACAACAUCCAUGACAGCCAGGUGCGGUCCAUGGACGAGCUGAACCAUGACUUUCAGGCUCUGGCUCUGGAGGGACGCGCCAUGGGAGAGCAGCUACUAACUGGUAAGAAAUUCUGGGAGACGGAUGACUCUGGGAAGGAUGGACCAAAAGGGAUCUUUCUGGACCAGUGGAGGGACAGUGCAUGGGGUGCCUCAGAUCACUCAGUGUCUCAGCCAAUCAUGGUGUCCCGUCGGCCAGGGCAAGGUUUCCAUGGCGGCGGUGAGGUCGGGGUUGGCUCUGUGAUGUCACCGCGCUCUGAGAGUGGCGGGCUGGGAGUUAGCAUGGUGGAGUACGUCCUCUCCUCCUCGCCGGCUGACAAGCUGGACUCCUGCCUCCGAAAAGGACCUUAUGGGCAGAGAGAUGGAGAAGUGGAGGAGGAGAAGAGGGAGAAGCCAAAGGCAACAUUUGAAGGAGAGAAACUGAAAGAGUUGACAGAAGUUGAAGCUGACGUCAUUAAUGACGUCAUCAACCCCAACGGGCUGCCCGUGCAGAACGGCCUGGACGUCGACGUCAAAGAGUUUGGUCGUCCCCCAGGCAACAUGCCAGCCCCUGGUCCCGAAGGUGACCUGCUGGGAGGUCCCGGAGGUGUAGGGGCUGAUGGCCUGACACCCCUGGGAGGUGGUGGAGGCCCCAAACCUCCUGAGGACUUCUCUGGCGUGGAACAAGGUGGUGUCACUAUGGACCCCAUGGAGUCAGUGAUGGAGCCGCUUCAGUUUGACUACAACUCCCAGAUGCCCAUGGACUCUGCGCCCACUGUGGGCUUAUUUGAUUACGCCAACCAGCAGCAGCUGUUUCAGAGAAACAACGCCCUAGCAGUGCAGCAGUUAACAGCAGCUCAGCAACAGCAGUACGCCUUGGCAGCAGCACAGCAGCCUCACAUUGGUCUGGCCCCAGCGUUUGUUCCCAAUCCUUACAUCAUCAGUGCCGCUCCACCGGGGACAGACCCCUACGCAGCGGGACUAGCAGCAGCAGCUACACUCGGUCCAGCAGUGAUGCCUCCCCAGUACUACGGUGUGACCCCCUGGGGGGUCUACCCCGCCAACCUUUUCCAGCAGCAGGCGGCUGCAGCCAACAACUCGGCCAAUCAGCAGGCGGCAAACCAGGGCCAGCAGAACCAACAGCAGGUGAUGCGUGCUGGGGGCAACCAGCGACCUUUGACCCCUAGCCAAGGUCAACAGGGUCAGCAGAAUGACCAGCUGGUUGCAGCAGCAGCAGUCAACUCAGCCCUCGCCUUUGGACAGGGAUUAGCAGCUGGAGUCCCCGGCUACCCAGUCCUAGCACCGGCAGCCUACUACGAUCAGACAGGAGCCCUGGUGGUCAACACUGGAGCUCGGAGUGGGCCUGUGCGCCUCAUGGCUCCUGCCUCCGUCAUCAUAUCUCCCUCCGCAGCACAAGCAGUUGCAGCAGCGGCAGCCUCUGCAGGUGGUGCCAACGGUGGUUUGGGCGGCGGGGCCAACGGUCCGUUUCGUGCCAUGACAUCCCAGCAGCCUCAGCAGCAGGGUGGUCCUGGUGGCGCUCUGGGAGGAAGUUCCUUCUACGGCUCCUCCUCCCUCAGCUCCUCCUCCCAGAGCUCCUCUCUCUUCUCACAAGGCUCCGGCCAGCCCGGACCUGGCUCUGCCUCGUUGGGGUUCAGUCAGCAAGCCUCCUCCUCCCUCGGGGCCACACUGGGGGCCACGCUGGGAGGCUUCGGCACCGCAGUGGCCAACUCGAGUGGUGGCAGCGGUUCCAGGCGGGACUCCCUGACUGGCAACAAUGAGCUGUACAAACGCACGCCCUCCAGCCUCACCCCGAUUGGCCAUGGAGGCUUCUACAACGGCACCUUGGGCUUCAGUCCCUCCCCUGGCCCCGUCGGCAUGCCCCUACCCAACCAGGGCCCCUCCCAUUCCCUCACACCCCCACCCUCCCUGUCCAAUCACAGCUCCUCAUCCAACCUCAAUCUUGGAGGCCUGACCAAUGGUAGCGGGCGUUUCAUCUCUGCAGCUCCAGGAGCAGAGGCCAAGUACCGCAGCGCCGCCAGCUCAGGCUCCUCCCUCUUCUCACCCAGCAGCCAGCUGUUCCCGUCGUCACGGCUACGCUACGGUAUGUCGGACGUGAUGCCGUCGGGCCGGAGCCGCCUGCUGGAGGACUUCAGGAACAACCGCUACCCCAACCUGCAGCUCAGAGACAUCGCUGGCCACAUCAUGGAGUUCAGCCAGGACCAGCACGGCAGCAGAUUUAUCCAGUUGAAAUUGGAGCGAGCCAGUUCAGCGGAGCGCCAGCUUGUCUUCAGUGAGAUACUGCAGGCGGCCUACCAGCUCAUGGUCGACGUCUUUGGAAAUUAUGUUAUCCAGAAGUUCUUUGAGUUCGGCAGCCUAGACCAGAAGCUGGCUCUGGCAGAGAGGAUCCGGGGUCAUGUCCUGUCUCUGGCUCUGCAGAUGUACGGCUGCAGGGUCAUUCAGAAGGCUCUGGAGUUCAUCCCCUCUGAUCAGCAGGUCAUUAGCGAGAUGGUGCGGGAGCUGGACGGCCACGUGUUGAAGUGUGUGAAGGACCAGAACGGUAACCACGUGGUGCAAAAGUGUAUCGAGUGUGUCCAGCCCCACGCUCUGCACUUCAUCAUAGACGCCUUUAAGGGACAGGUCUUUGCCCUCUCCACCCACCCUUAUGGCUGCCGAGUCAUCCAGCGCAUUCUCGAACACUGCCUUCCUGAACAGACGCUGCCUAUACUGGAGGAGCUCCAUCAACACACAGAGCAGCUGGUGCAGGACCAGUAUGGCAACUAUGUGAUUCAGCACGUUUUGGAGCACGGCCGAGCUGAGGAUAAGAGCAAGAUAGUGGCUGAGAUCAGAGGCAAUGUCCUGGGACUCAGCCAGCACAAGUUUGCCAGUAAUGUGGUGGAGAAGUGUGUGACCCACGCGUCACGGGCAGAACGGGCAGUGCUGAUAGACGAGGUGUGCAGCCUGACUGAGGGCCCCCACAGUGCCUUAUACACCAUGAUGAAGGACCAGUACGCCAACUACGUGGUGCAGAAGAUGAUCGACGUGGCCGAGCCCACCCAGCGCAAGAUCGUAAUGCACAAGAUCCGGCCUCACAUUUCCACCCUGAGGAAGUACACGUAUGGGAAACACAUCCUGGCCAAGCUGGAGAAGUACUACAUGAAGAACGGCGUUGACCUGGGUCCGCUCUGUGGCCCUCCUAACGGCAUCAUGUAAUCCGACUCCCCCUCCCUCCAGCCUGAAACCAUGUCUACCACCUCCUCCCCUACCACCCUCACCUCACCCUCCUUAAGCUGUCAUGUCUACCAGCCCCACCCUCCUCCUGUCUGACCCUUCAGAGGGCAUCGCGCCCACUUUCCCCCUCCAGAUUCUGCUCACCGAGGACGUUGAGCACCCCUCGUACCCUUGUUUCCAUGACAACCCUUCGGGAGGAGCCUGUUGCUACAGGCAGCCUUAGUUUUUGUCAGAUUUUGUUGCCCCUCCCCCACCCGAGCCCAGGCCCACUGAACUGGGGGAGGGAGGGAAGGCGUGCAGGGAGUGGAGAGAGAGGUGUGAGACCUGUUCCGCUGAUCGCUCCACUCCCUCCUUCUUUUUUUUGUUUUCUUUUUCCUUUCAUUUCCUCUUUUCUGAAGAACUUAAAAAUCAUUUCACUUUUUGCUACUGCUGCACACACAAUCCUAGUGUCCCCUCUUCCUCCCAUCCUAGCUAUUUACCACUAUGAGAUGGAACGAGUAUUUAAUUUGUCAAGACGUCACAGAAUCAUAGACGAAUACACACACGCCAUCAGCUAACCAGCAGACAGAUCAUUUAGCAUGGGAGAUUCGUUUUCUGGUCUUGCUUCUAUAAAUAUAACGUGUAUACUUGGUGUAGACCUUUGCAUAUAUAUAUAAAUAUAUAUAUAAAACUUUGUAGUUUUUCUGGUUUUUGAUGUUGAAUCUGUAUCUAUAAUGUAUCCUAGUAGUGACCACAUACUUCUGACUGUAUAAUUGUACAUUUGUAAACCCUUGUAAUGUAAAAGUGCUUUACCACCCUUUUUGGUAUGAGAAGAAAAAUGAAAAAAAGCUCACUCUGAAAAAAAAAAUCUUAGAAAAAAAACCCUGUGCAUUUCAGUGUAUAUUCUCACCUCCUUGGUUGUGACAUAUGAGUUGUUGUAUAUUGUAAAUUGUAAUAUCAAAUUUUUGUUUUGAAAAGCCCUUUCUAUACAGCGUAGUACUUGUACAAAGAUUCGCCACGCUUGGUUUUAUCUUUAUCUUGUCACUGCUUAACUUAAGACGUCGAUCUCCCACUGACUCCCAAUUGGACACGUUCUGUUAGACUUAGUGGUGUCUUCUGGUUUAUGUUGAAGGUUUUUUUGUUUUUGACCUUUUUUUAAGAUCUUUUUAUAGGAAUGCUUUACCCCAUGAAAUGUGUCAUGUGUAUGCUGGCUGGGUGGGAGAAAUAACUUUUACUCAUUUAACCCCCCCUCUAUUACCCAUGACUGUUUUCAGAGGGGUAAACCCUUGGAUUGUACAGAGGAGAUUCUUGUGUUUUUUGGCAUUUCUCUAGUGCUGUAAGUGCUGUAUCAUACUGUCCAUGUCCUUUUGGGUGAGAGAGGCAGCCCGCCACAGCGCGGUGUACAUUUGGAGCAGCCUUGUGUAUAUUUACUACGAGCACACCUGUAACCAUAUGUGUAUAGUUAACAGAACCUGUGUAUGCUUAUUGCCUGGGCAACUAUUUUUUGUAACUCCUGUUGUAGAUUGUCUCUAAACAAUUGUGUGAUCUUUAUUUUGAAACCAAACUGAACAAAAAAACUUUGAAAAUUUAA